GUUGGUAUAGUCACGUGGUUUGCUUACUUUUAAAAUAAUGGCUCAUAAGGUGGAUAAAAUUGGUUUGGAGGUACCUUUGUGCAAUUGUGUAGCAAAAGAUAAAAUUUGGCGCGACCAUUGCAUCAAAGAAGCAUGUGCGUCUAAAGAGUGGUCACAAAACUGGGGCUUUCUGACUUUGACUGCUGAAGAGCUUUUAAAGGAUGAAAUGCAUGAUCUCAUUGAUUUCAAAAGGAAGAAAGUGGAAGUUCCAGAACAUUUGAGGAUCACUGAAGCUGUUCCUACAUCAGAUUUUAUAAAAGUCGAACCUUCGCCGACACCUGUACCACAAACAACAAGUAGGAUGAUAGGAUGGAGAUCAAGUUUGCCUCAAUACCAAUUAGACAGAUAUAAAAUCCCAAGACACCCUCAAGGUUCACUUUUGAAGCGAUUUGAUUGGCCUCUCGAAGCUUUGUGGUAACUAAACCACGGUGGUUGUUUUCAACACUUUUCCAAUUACUUUUCACAAGAAUUACACUUAUACAUCAUUAUCAGUCCCACUCAAGUUAAGAUGCGAUGGUACAUCGUGAGCUGAUUUUACUUCUGCAGUCAUUUGUGACAAAGAAUUCCUAAUAUUCCCAACUAAUUAUUAAGAUUUAAACAAUCGAAAUUUUCAACCAAGUAUUUUCUUCUGAUGUUCCUUUUAAUACCAUUUUUCAAGCAUCAGAUAGAAUCCCUGAAGGACUAUAUUUUGCUUCUUAUAUCGCGCUUUCAGGAAAG